GCCGAGUCUAGCAUUUUAUUGUGCAGCUCUUAUUGGUUCCCUGUUCAAUCAGUGCUCCAAUGCUCUCCAAGUACUGCACGCGCUGUUUAGCCAGCAGCCAUUGGCAGACGCGCUCGUGCAGUGCCAUGGCACUGCUGCGUUCUGUGUUCGAUUUCAGUCAUAUUCACUUGCUGUCCCAUUUCCUUGUCACCGCUAGCGUCUGAGAGCGUCGUCGGGCCGCGUUUGUGGCGCACGUAGUGUUAAUUCGAUGUGCAAGUUGCCAUCAUAUUUUUCACAGCGAAUUAUUUUGUUGACGCCCACGGCGAACAUCUCGACUGCGUCCAGCGUGUUUUGACUUCACUCCAAUUUGACAGCCGACUCGAGUGAUGAGCACGUGUCCCUUUAAGGAUACUCAGCCAUGCCAGCCCAAGCAGCUGGUACUUUUUUUCUCUGAAAACUCGGAGGACACGGGAAACAAUCAAAUCUUGGUAGGGAACGCAACAGCCAUGGAUCCAAUGUGGUCUCAACAUCUGGAGGCCAUCUGGCAUUCUGGUAGAAACAAAAAGACAGAACCUCUUGUGAAAGCCUUGCAAACAUACUUUGACAAAGCAUCCAAUAGCUUUGAAUGCGCAUUUUUGCUGAUGUGUGCAGCAUCAGAUUUCCACAAAAAUCGGCCCACUGCUCUGAGCUUCACAAUCAUGAGCGUGUUUCAGGAAUGGCUGCUUGACCACUCGGAGCUGUAUCCUACCUUGCUUACGAGAGAGUUGAAGCGGCGGGCUCUGUUGGCAGUAUUGAAGCAAACAAACACAUCUCUGAUUGACCUUGUGUGCCGUGUGUACAAGUUGAAGGACCAGUCUAUGGACUACAUGGACGUUGUACAGGAUCUGUUGAUCAGGAAGCAUUUUAAUGAGGCAAGCACUAUUGUUACUGCUCUGAAGCUGCAAGGCUACUUCACCAUUGAAGAGAUAGCCAUUCCGCUCUUUCUCAUGGACAAAAUGUCAUUGCUUGAGAACUAUGUUGAAGGACUGCCACAGCUUCAAAAGGAGCUGUUGGCAUACCUGGAUGCCUUGUACAACGAUGGGAGUCGUGCUGAUGCUGUGAUAAACACCCUCAAUGUGAAGAUGAUUAGCAAGGAUAAGAUCCACCCUAAGACAUUAGCCAAAGUCAUAUCAAGGCUGCUCAAGCAUUACAGUCUGCCUAGUAAUGUUUGUCCUCACGUCCAUUAUCACAGAAGCAAGAGUGCACUGAAGUACCUGAUGUACAAGCGGUACACUGAGGGGGACUUCUCGGAAGCAAGUUGGCGGGAGAUGAUGUGUGAGGCCGUUGGGAAUAAUAUCACAUUGAAGCAAGAUCUCCUGAAUGAAUUGAUGUGGGUGAGGGACUAUGAGAACGCUCUCAGCUUUGCACUGAAGCUGGGUCUACCUGAGCAUCAAUGGCCACGCUACCUGAGAACCUUCAGGGUGCAGUACGGACAACAAAAGGUGCAGGAAUUGCUCAGGUCUUGGAACUUGAGUUAUGAGAAAGAUGACCCCACCAAAUACUUGCCAUUGAGACUUGAUCUUUGCGAUGUGCACAUGGUGGAUACUGCUGAUGGCCUUGAAAGUUGCAUUGAAGUUAUCAAGGACUAUGAUGUUGUUGGCAUUGAUGCAGAGUGGAAGCCAACAAUGGGACUGACACCUUCGAGGCUGUCCUUGGUCCAGCUGGCAGUGUGGGACGGUGUGUAUGUCUUGGAUAUGCUGAAGUUGUCUAACACCCUGUCGGAGGCACAGUGGGCCCAACUGUACACAGAUGUAUUGUCAUCGAAUGAAAUACUGAAGCUAGGUUUUGGCAUUGCUGAAGAUCUGAAGUUGCUGUCUGAGACCAUCAAGUGCCCAGAAGCAAAGAUUCAAAAUGUUGUGGACUUGUGCAGCUUCGUGGAAAAGUUGCGAUCUGAUCAUCCCAACAUGAUGAAACCUGUGGUGCCAAAAGAGAGAGGACACAAGGGUUUGUCGGAGCUGACCCGUAUACUUCUGGGCCUUCCACUGAACAAGGAUGAACAAUGCUCAGAUUGGGAAAACAGGCCACUGAGGCAGUCUCAGAUGAAAUAUGCUGCACUGGAUGCCUUCUGCUUGCUUCAAGUCUAUGAAGAGCUUUACAAGAGGGCUGAAGAUGAACAGAUGAACUUGCGAGACCUUAUGGAGGAGGUAAAAGAUGCCAAGGGAGGAGAAACUCAUCUGCGCCAAGACAGGUCGCGGAAGUACAAAUCUCAGGUGGGCGAGGAAAUGACGUGCGCCGACGAGUGCUUCUUCGUGCGCUCCGACCAGAUGCUGCCCGUGGCCGAGUUUCGGGUCAUCGCGGACACUAUGGUGCAGGGUUUGGGUCGGUAUCUGCGCCUCUGCGGUAUCGAUACCAUCAUCCUCCGAGAUGGCGACGACCGCGACCAAGCCGUCAAGCUCGCACAGAAGGAAAGCCGGGUUAUCCUCACGUGUGGUGCUCCGUAUAAAAAGAUGAAGCAGUACGUCGCACGUGAGCAGUGCUUUUGCGUGAACAAUGUGGCUUCCGCUCGAGAACAGCUGAAGGACGUGCUCAAAUUCUACAACGUGGUGGUUAGAGAAAAGGACAUCUUGACAAGGUGCACGGAGUGCAACGCGUCCCGCUACGCGCUCGUGCCGUCCGCGGACAUGUGGCAGCUCCAGGCGUGCCUGCGAGAUGAGGGCCAGGCGGCGGCCGGCGGAGAGCCCCUGGUUCGCUCCUACGGACCCGACUGCUCGAUUGAUUUCACGUCCGGCCGCUUCAACAACGGAAAGUUGGUCCAGUGCGACGGUCUCGUCUUUGAGUAUCUCUCGCACGUGGAGACGUUCUACGUGUGUGUGGCCUGCGGCAAGGUCUACUGGGAUGGCUCCCACCACGGCCGAUUCAGGAAGCAGUUGUGGCUAGCCGACCUCAUCUUCGUUGAGCCAUCGCCGGGCUCCGAGAGUUGCGCUGAUCGCGUCACAACGACGGAGACCGGCUGUUGCCACCAAAGCGACGGAACUUCCUCCUGAGGCCAGAUAGCGUGCAGUCGGCAGUCGUUCGUGCUACGUACUGCUGCUGCGUUGUAGUCACCUGCACGUGCAGACACCUUCGACGUCGUCAUGUUACGCACUUUUUUGUUGGAAUUCGUGGGAACGUCUUGCUAAGUGCUUCCGUCAGCACGAACGUCUCGAAAGGGUAACAAACAAACAAACAAACAAACAAACAAACAAACAAACAAACAAACAAACAAACAAACAAGCAAACAAGCAAACAAGCAAACAAACAAACAAACAAACAAACAAACAAACAAACAAAACUGUUUUACAAAACAAACAAACAAACAAACAAACAAACAAACAAACAAACAAACAAAUCUGGAGUCUGCGCAUCUCAUUCGGCCGACAAUUAACCUAAUGCUUGUACACAGCAUUCACUGGGAAAUCAACAAAGAAAUCUUAGUAUACUCCCCGAAAAAGUCUGACUGUGAGCGUCUUUCUUCCUUGGUUUGUUUCUUUUCCUUUUCAACUUGAAUUUAUUCGCGUUAGUCGAUAGGGGCCUGCCAUUUUUCUCUCGUAAAGCCAACAUACCCUGCGAAAAGGAGCGAAAAUGAUGGCAGACACAGCGUGCUCCAGUAAAUGUGUUUAAAUGUUGGCUCAGUGAAACAGAGUCUCUAGAAAUCGAGUCAAAUUGGGCGACGAGAGUAUGAUCUCACUGUGGAGAUUAACUGCAGUGACUUCCUUUGUGUUGUAUAUGCAAAAGAGUGAUGGACGAGCUGUUCAAUAAAACUCUGGCGGGAGACCGCCUUUUCAUUUCCCGGU